AUGAAAAAGACUCAUAAGAGAUAAUCUACAAUAUAUCGAUAAUCAAUAGCAAUGUCUGAGUUUUCACAAAAGUUAUUAGAGAAAAACGAUGUUUUGGCAUAAGAAAUAUAAAAAAUAGUGAAGAAACUAUCACCUCAAUGUAGAAUAGAGAAAGCUGAAAGACAUAUUUAUGAUGCUUAUUAUUUACGAGCUAUACGCAAUGAUAUUGAUUUAGUAAAUAAGACAUACUUGAAAUAAUUGUGGUAUUUAGAGAAUAAUCAAUAUUGGUUAAAUGGCUUAUUUCUAUUGUCAAUCAUUUAUCAAUUAUUAACAUUUUUUGAACCUUCAUUUGUUGAUUAAGAUGAUUAAGAUCAUCCAAAUUUAUUCAUUAUUGAACUUAUAAUCUUACUAUUUAUGGGCAUUGAUUCAUGUAUUACAAUAGUAUUACUAUUAACAAAGAAAGAAGGCAGAUUUACAUUCAAUCCAAAAAAAUAAUUUAAACUGAUUGCAUACUAUUUUUGUUUAGUUGAUUUCAUAAUACAUUCAUAUGAACCUACUUUAUUUAGAGUCAGCAAAAUAUGUAGAACUUUAUUAAUGCCUAUGUAUUCUAAAGAUUUAAGACGAAAUUUAAAAGGAAUAUUUAAAGCAGGCAAAGAUUUAUUUUUACUCAUUAUUCUGUAUCUAAUUAUAAUUUCAAUAUUUUCAUUUAUUGGAAUUAAUUUAAUUGGAAAAUUGGAUAAUGUAGAUCUAAGAACAUAAGAUUAUGGAGAUUUCUUUAAAUUAUUUUCAAUGUUAUUUAUGGUAGCAACCCUUGAUUUCUAUCCAGAUAUUUUAAUUCCACCUAUGCUUUAAGGAAUUUAUUAUUGUUUAUUCUUUAUUACAUAUCUAUUACUAUUUAUUUUCUUAUUUGCACCAAUUCCAUUAGCAGUUGUAUAUGAAGGAUUUAGAAAACAUAGAAUGGAAAUAGCUAUUAGUGAUAUCAUUAAAUAAAAGACUGCUAUGAUGGCUAGUUUCAUAUCUUUAGAUUUUUAAGAUUAAGGGUUUUUGACAAGAGAUUAAUUUCGAACAUUUAUCCUUCAUUUCUAUAAGAAUUCCAUUACUGAAUCAUAAAUAAAUUAAUUAUUCAAUUAAAUUGAUUAGGAUUUUAAGUAAUGUAAUUAUUACAAUAUAGCGAUAAGGUUCAAUUUGAUGAAUUUCAUAAGUUUCUUCAUUUACUCCAAGAUGCAUCAGUAUUUUCAUUACCAGAAACAAAACCACUUCAUUGUUGGGAAUAAUUUAGAAAUUAUUUAAUAUCUAAAGGUUUAUUAACAUUUGUAGAAGGAAAUGUAUAAUAUAUAUAAUUAUUAUUUUAGAUAUUUGGAAUUUCUAUGUUGAUAAUAACAAUAUCUAAUUGUGUUUUAAUAGUAGUAGCAUUUUUUAUUGAAGAUUAAGAUAUCCUUGAUAUUUUCAAUUUGUUAGACACUAUAUUUUUGAUCCUCUAUUCUUUAGAAUGUUCUAUUAAAAUUAUAGCUUUAGGUAUAAAACCAUAUUUUGAAGAAGGAUGGUAUAAUAUAUAUAUUUAUUAAAAAAUAGGAAUAUUUUUGAUAUUACUUUAGUAAUUCUACAAAUAAUAUUUGAUUAUAUAUUAUUUAAUAUAGUAUCAGGAAAUAUUGUUUAAUCAAUCAAAGCUAAUAGAUUGUUGAGAUUAGCUAAAAUAUAGAAAGUAUUUAGAUUGUUUAGAGCAUUUCGAUCUCUAAAAAUAAUAAAUAUCUUAUUUGAAGGUUUACAAUUUUUAGAUGUAGUAAGAACACUAUUAUACAAAAUCAUUAUUUGUGUUCCUUUAAUUUUAAGAUUAAUGUUACCUGUACAAAUGGUAUUCUUUAUAUAUUCUUGUGUUGGUAUGUAUUUAUACGGUAAAAUACAAAGAAAUGAAGAUAAUCCAUAUGCUAAUUCUUAAUGUGAUAUAAACAAUUUUGAAUAUUCAUGGGGAAGUUGUAAAUAUGCUGAUUUUUCUACUUUUGCAGGAUCAUAUUUAAUGAUGCUUUAAAUGUUUAUAGCAGCAGAAUGGAAUUAAAUAGUAUUUGAAUUAACAUAUGAUACUGAUGAUAUGGUAUCAGCUAUGUUAUUUGUUGGUUCUUUUGAAUUCUUUUCAAUAUUUCUAUUAGCCUUAAUUGGUGGAUUAGUUUGGGAAGUCUUUACAGUUGUAUCUUAAUCAUUGAAAUAGGAAGAAGAUAGACUUUCUUAACUUGAAAAUAAUUUAGAUUAAUAAUAAGAAAAUAAUAAUAAUAAUCAAGCAGCUACACAUGAUAAGAAAAAGAAACUUAUUUUAAAUGAUGAUAAUCCAGAUGAAAUUAGGUUUCAUCGUAAAUUUAGAAGUGAUAAAAUUAGUAAAACUCAUACAAAAUUAAAUAAUAUUUAACCAGGUUUUGAAGAUGACAUAGUAAAUGAUGAGAGACCUGAAUUAAAUAUAUCUUAACCUAAUUCAAGAAAUUACUUUUUAUAUCAUGGUGGUUCAGGUAGAAGAGUUGUUCCAUUUUAAUCUUCUAAAUUUAAUAUUUAAAGAAAUGAUGUUAUUGAUCAUUUUUUAAAGAAUUUUAUAACAGCUGAUAUGUGGUUAUAGAAAAAGUAAAUAGAAGGUUUAGAUAUAAAUAAAGUAGCAAUAGAUUAUAUGAUUCAUUUAAGAAGUGAAAUUAAAAAAGAUGAAAUGUUUUAAAAGAAGAAUUUUAAUAUAUCAAAUCAUCAUUUACUAAUACAAAAUGCUGUACUAAGAGAUGCAUCUGAAGUCUAUAUUAAAUAAUAAGAAGAUAAAUUCUUUAAAACUUCUUUUGGUUAAAAAUUUGAAAGAAUAUAAGAACUCAAAUUUUAAAGUAAAUUUAAAAUUGAAAGUAAAAUCAUAUUCUCAUUAAUGGGAAUAUUGAAAUUCCCAAAUCCAAAUUUAAAAUACUACUUUUAAAUUCUUAAUUUAAUAGAAAAUUACUUCACUUAUUAAUUACUUUCUGAUUAUUCUUUUUUUAAACUUAUUCAUCAAAUCAAUAAUAAAUGGUAUACUAUUAGCAUAGAAGAAGGAUAAAUUUAUUUUUUUAAAGUUGGUAAUGGUCCUUGGGAUUAUACAGAAUAAUUAUUUUCAGAAAGUAAUAUAAGAAUAUGUGAAAAUUUAUCAUCUCUUUUAGAAUCUGGUAAUCAAGAAUGUCUAAGAGCAAUUGAAUAAUUUAGUAUUAGUGUAAAAUCUAUAGCAAAAAACUUUGAAAUAAGUUUACCUUCAAUUGAUAUAAAUAAUUCUUGUAUACUUUAUUAGAUUAAGAAUGAAAAACUAAUUGUAAAUGAUAUUUAAUCAUUAAAAAUAAAAAAAUGUAAUUUUUUUCAUUUAAAUUUAUUAGCUAAUGUUACUUCAGAUGAUUAAUCCCCUAAUAAUCAAUAAUAUGUAUAUUUAGAUUCAUAAAAUUAAUUAAAUGGUUUUUUAAAACUUAAUCAAUCUCCAAAAAUAGAAACAAGUAAUUUAGAUGAAUAGAAAAAUGUUAAUCAAACUAUUUUAUUUGUCAUAGCUAGAACUACAGCAUAAGAAUAAAGAAUCAAAUAUUAAAAUAUUACUAUGUUAAUCUAAUUCAUAUAAGAUUUGGGGAGUGUUAUACAAAAUUAUAGUUCCACUUUCUUUAAAUAAAUAAAUAAUCUUUAUGAACUAAGAUAUUAAGACAAAAUAAAGAGUAUGCGUAAAUUGUGA